AUGCAACCUUCAAAGCUAGUAUAUAUGCUACUGUCAUCAACAGGGAGGCAUAGUUUGCACUCAGAAGGCCUACGUGCAAUUCUAGUGAGAUCUACCCCAUCCAUCUCUCUCAUCAAAAUGAAAUUCGUCGUAUUCUUCGUGCUUUGCUUCGUGGCGCUGGCUACUGCAGCUCCCCAAUUCUUCUCCUGGCCUGGAUUUGUGUCUCCGUAUGCCCCUUAUGCCUCUAGAACUGUGGUCGCUGGUCCAACUGUCGUAAAUGGCUUUGGGUGGGGCGGUCGUUUCAUCGCUCCCGGAGUAGCCGGCGCUGCGGUGGUCUAA